UUUAUAAAUCGCAAUAUCUGAAAUCCAACGCUUGCUUAUAAAUUCCCUUUUUCCUUUCUUUUCCUUUCCCAACGCUUGUUUCCGCUCAUCUUAAGCAAAUUUUAACAACACACUUUCUCCAGCAGUUUUUGGCAGAAGAGAGAUCAGAAAAAUGGACGAGCAAGAAUUUAGACGCCUUCUUGAGCUCUUCCCAGCCGUUCGCUCUCCCGAUUACUACCUUGAGUUGGAUACAUCAAGGCAAUCAACUUCCCAAUCCAAGCAGAAAGAGGAGGUGAAGCAAUUGCUAGACGGGCAUAGUAAGGGAAGUGUAGAGUCCAGUACUCGAGCAAUGGAUCAUGGUGAAGCAUUUUGGGGCAAACUAAAAGCAGCUGCUGAGAAAAAGAUGGGUCCAGCGGAAGCGGAAACUUUUUGCAAGGCAUUUCAACAAGUUUACAGGAAACUUGUGAAUGAAGAACUGAGUUUGGAAGCUGCUCGGAGCUUGCUGAAUUCAUGAUUUUUUUCCCUGAACUGUUGUUACUUUUAAUCACUUGAUGUUCUGGAUAUAGCUAUUGUGUAACUUAUAUUUUCUUUUUUGUUAAUGUAUUAUUACAUUGAGUUAUAUCUUCUUCUUUCUUUUAGUGAAAUUAUGUUUACUCUGUAAAGAUCUUUUAGCUUUGAUUUGCUCUUCCUAAUUGUUUUGUCACAUCUUUA